CGCGAAAGCAUGGCAAAGCGCUGAAACACGCGUCUCUCUCCCUCUCUCGGUUGUCGCGCGACCGCCCCGUGAAGAGGGUGAUCCGGGUAUUCGCGACGCGCUCAUCGUCGACGACCGCGACGAAGCGUCGACGGAGGAAUCAUCGACCGAUCUCGGGCGAUCGAGAGGGGGGGGAAGGGGCGGGAAUGUCGCAGGACGCAGAGUGCUCGUUCGCCGGCUGCGCGCUUCGCAGUUCGAGUGUACUCGAGGCUUUGAAAAUCUGAGGUUUUUAACGAUAUUUCCUGCCACGUGGAAUAAUAGACGUGCCCUAAACUAACAUUGACCGCGGGAACUCGAUAAAAGAUCCGGCUUAUUUUGAGAUCCGACAGUGACCGAACAGUAGAUUUGAGUCACGAACACGCGAUAUCUACGCGCCAGAGGAGGGAGGAGGAAAAGGUGCAGGGCGGGAGAGAGAGACGAUUCUCGUCGAACAGGUCACCGAUUGUCUCGCAUUCUAUCGAACAGGCGUGCGUGACACGUUCGGUAUGAAAUAAGACGUUUGUUUUCUCGCGAUUCCGAGAACGAAGUCUCGUCUCGAGCGAAUUUAAAGUGAGAGAAACAUUCCCGGAGAGCGUCAGCUGAUUCAUUCACAAAGCGUACGUCAACAAGCGCGGUUCCCGCGCUUUUCGUCGCCAGACUCGGGAAGACGAUCGAGUGACUUAUGGAGCAGGAAGACAUGAAUGGAAAUGAAGAAGGAGAUGCGAAGAGCGAGCGUGGCACUCCGGAAGGCUCCUUCGAGGACUCGAACGCGUCCCUGGAGAUGGAGGAGUCGGAGAUGGGAAGAAGGACGAGCAUUUUCAAGUAUUACUCGUACAAGAAUACGGAUACGAUGCCGAAUUCAAUAAGAAAAAUAGGACCGCUUGUUGGCGUAAUUGAUGUCGGCACGCGGACUGUCCGUUUUGUGGUAUUUAAUGCGAAGCAUGUUGCGGAGGUUGCAUCUCAUCAAAUAGACAUUGAACAUAUCAGUUUACAAGAGGGAUGGAUGGAGCAGGAUCCCAAAAAUAUCCUUAUGGCGGUAAAAACUUGCGUUGACAAUGUAAAUCACAAAUUGAAUAUACUGGGUAUGAAGAUUGAUGAAAUCGUCACAGUGGGCAUCACUAAUCAGAGAGAAACUACAGUAAUAUGGGACGCGAUUACCGGGGAACCGCUUUAUAACGCUAUAGUGUGGUCCGACAUUAGAACCGAUGCGAUCGUGGACCAGAUCAUAGCAAAGUUUCCGGAUCAGAACAAGAAUCAUUUGAAACCUUUGUGCGGUCUGCCUGUCAGUCCCUAUUUUUCCGCUUUGAAAAUUCGCUGGUUGAAAGACAAUCUGCCGAGUGUAAAAAAGGCAAUUCAUGAGAGGCGAUGCAAAGUGGGAACUAUGGACACUUGGAUUGUUUGGAACUUAACGGGAGGCAUAGAUGGUGGACUUUACAUCACCGAUGUAACGAAUGCAUCGAGAACCAUGUUGAUGAAUAUAGAGACGCUCUCUUGGGAUCCCACAUUAUGCAGAUAUUUCGACAUUCCUAUGCAAAUGUUGCCAGAGAUCAGGAGCAGCUCCGAAAUAUACGGCAAAAUUUCGAUUCCCCCUCUAUCUGGUAUUCCUAUAUCCGGUAUUCUAGGAAACCAACAAGCAGCUUUGGUAGGACAAAAUUGUCUGAAGAAAGGACAGGCCAAAAACACGUACAGAAGUGGUUGCUUCCUGCUGUGUAAUACGGGUCAUACCAGAGUAUAUUCGUCUCAUGGAUUGGUUACGACAGUUGCAUAUCAGUUAGGUCCAAAGAGCCCACCUGUCUACGCAUUGGAAGGUUCGGUCGCGGUUGCAGGUGCAGCUAUUAAAUGGCUGCGAGACAACAUGAAGCUCAUAAAAGAUGUUCAUGAAAGCGAACACUUGGCGCAAAGCGUAUUUAAUACGGGGGAUGUCUACUUUGUACCCGCUUUCACGGGAUUAUAUGCGCCUUACUGGAGAAAGGAUGCAAGAGGAAUAAUUUGUGGGCUCACAGCAUUUACUACGAAACAACACAUAAUCAGAGCAUCACUUGAAGCGGUCUGUUUUCAAACUAGGGAUAUCCUCGAGGCAAUGCACAAGGAUUGCGGAUUUCCAUUAACGAAGUUAAAUACGGAUGGGAAAAUGUCGACCAAUAAUCUUCUUAUGCAACUGCAGGCCGACUUGUGUGGUACACCAGUAUUUAGGUCAACUAUGCCUGACAUGACAGCUCUAGGCGUAGCGAUGGCUGCAGGACAUGCCGAAGGGAUAGAUGUAUGGAAUCUGGAAGGUGAGGAAGUGGAAACAGUGCCAUCCGAUACUUUCUUGCCGACCACCACGUCGGAAGAGAGGGACGCUAGAUAUAAAAAAUGGAAAAUGGCAGUGGAAAGAAGCUUAGGUUGGGCAAUAGUAAAGAAAUCUAACCAAAUGACAGAUGAAAGGUACUACAUACUAGCAUCCAUUCCUGCAAGCUGCUUUAUGUUAUCAAGUUUCAUUCUAUUACGAUUAAGUAAUUAUAUAGCGAACCGGUGACAGCAAAUUAACAUUAUCGAAGCACAAGUUAUCCUAGCUGGCAGGUAGCCCGAUUCCAGAAGAAAAUUUAGAAAAAUGAAAAACUUUUAAAACUUGCUCAACUGACGCAGCAUGUAAGUGAUGCGUAUGUUGAUGAGUAUUACGUUAUGAAAUGAUUAGAGAUCAAAUUGCUGAAUUAGAGAUGCGAUUUCAUAGAUUUUAGUGCGUUUUAUCGAUGCACUAUAUUCGAUAAUCAAAAAAAGGUGUAUCCAGUAUUCUGGUUUCCGAGCUUGCAAGUCUUAUAUAAUAAUAAGUUUAACGAUGCAGUAAAAAAAAACUGUUUCGUUAUAAUGCUCAUUUAUAUCUCAAUACAUAAUUUCAUCUUAUAAUCAUUAUAAUAUACAUCCAGCUUGAUAUAGAAUUCCAUUUUUCCUUUAAAAUAAUGACAUCACAGAUUACAGAGUCUACAGAAUAUUACAUUAGUUCAUUAGGUUAUUUGCACAUAAUCUCAUAUAUUACU